AUGUCUGCGAUCGUACACGCUGAUUAUAUCCGAAGGUGGCUUCGACGCGAGACGAAGGCCUCCUUCCGUGUUCUCGCCGAUGCAGGUCUUUUCAUUGACGUGCCGUCACUGAAUGGAAGUGAAACAAUUCGAUCUGUUUUUCGCCAGGCAUACAAAUUACAUAAUUCUUCCUCGGGAUUAAAUGAAGACUGUAUACACGCCCAGAAGCGUAAAAAAAGGUGGCGUUGUUUUUUUGCGCAGUACUCUCUGCCCUUCGUUAAAUCUCGUUUAUUUGUAGUCAAUUCUUUGUACGAUUCCUGGCAAUUAGCCUACGCAUCUAAUGUUCCUUGUAUUUUCGAUAUAGAAAGUUGUACUUCUGACGAAUAUUCUUACGUUAUGAACUUUGGUAAAAAAACGAAGCAGGCUUUACGAUCUAUCCUUGACUCGAAGAGCAAAGGAGUUUUGGCGGACUCUUGCUUUGUUCAUUCUCAAUGUAGUCAAAACCAUCCUUGGAUGAACAUUCAAGUACGCAACACUACAAUCGCCAAGGCGUUCCUUAGCUGGUACCGGGGGAAUCUGGAGACCAGAUGUCGUGUUGAUGGUUAUUAUCCUUGUAAUCCUACUUGUUGUGAUUAAAGUGCUGAUGAGGCAAUUUUUUCCUCAUUGUUUAACCCUCCAGAGCAUUAAUAAAAUGUAUUUUACUUUCAAAAAUUCGUAAGUUUGUACUAUUUUCCGUGGUCUUUUCAUUUCACGUGAUGGCGGUUGCUACGACGAUGAAAGAGAGAAUUAGAUAGGUACAUUGCAUAUAUAUAUAUAGAAGAUUGGAUCAAACCUCAAGCCUUGCGCGCAUAGUACCUUUAACGAUUUCCAAAACAUGAAGAGACUUGGGGUAUCAAUGUGUCCUUGGACAGGGCUCUAUUCUCUCACUGGUUUCUCUUACUGUUUGCUGGUAUUCAUUUGCGAUUCAUACUCAUGAGUUUUAAAAAACUUUUUUCCAUAAGCGGCUGUCGCUCGUGUAAUAGUUGGCCGUGCCCGGAAAAGUGCCGCAAGGCGAAGCCCAAACACGAAACCCUGUUGGGUCUGCUUUCAUUGAAUCCCCAGGUACUUAAAGUUGGAGGGUGGCAUUGUGAGAGUUGAAUUUCUUUCCCAUUAACACAGCCUUUUCCCAACGAAGGCGCCUAUCCUGGAGCUUUCGAUUGAAAUUCCGCUAAUGUACUUGAACACAGCUCUAUCUAUCUUUUCUUCCGUCUUAAAUGCGUCUCCCUCGUGGUAAUCUUAAUUAAUAAACAAGCUGUUUUCCUGGUUUAUUCAAAAUUACGUCAGUACUUACCCUUAAAAGCACAAGGCCGUAUUCUAUUUUGAUGAUAACCCACGAGAACAAGUUAUAAAAUGUUGAAAGUUUUACGUGAAAUAACUGGUGACAGAAAUUUUCAAUUGUUGGUUUGUUAUAUUCAUCCAUAAUUGGUACAGAAAACCUGCAAAAUAAUUUAGACCAAUCAGAUGCGAAACUAAAAGUAACCGAAUGCUGGUCACCCGCGUUUUCCCGCGCUGUAGAUAGUCAACUUGUUUUCACUUUGAGUUUUCAUUGGCUUCUUGUGAUAUUUUCCUCUGUUCUGAUUGGCCCAUUUAUCACUUUGUUUGAACUGGACGACGCUCUGUCCAAUUGUUAGCUCGUAGAAUGUAGGAAAUUAUAAUGAACUUAGUUUUUCCUUUUUUUUUUCUUUCUUUUUCAGGUGUUUUUCGUGGACUAUGGUAAUUCUGAGUGGACAAGUGCCAACCACGUGAAGCGCAUGCUCCCUCACUUUCUUCAUCUUCCAUUCCAAGCUCUCGAAUGUUUCUUAGGGAAUGUGGAGCCUAUUGAUGACGUGGUCGGAAAUGGAAAAAAAUGGUCCCCGGAUGCUAUGUAAGUAUUUAAAAUUUCAAAAGCUAAAAUUAGUCUUCUAUGAAAGCCAAGUUAUUCUGGGAAAUCUCACUUGCCAGAGGUGCAGGUAACUAAAGUGCAUGGUUGUAUUACAGGAGAUCCUAAAUUCUUACUUAAAUUGUUUUCAAUUGAUUUGGUGGUGAAGGGACCACGUUUUGAAAUUUUGUUCUAAUAUUUGCGCCGCGAAAAACUACCCUAAACUCCUGAAGGUUGAAGUUCUCGAGAAUAGAGGAAAUGAUCUACAGCUUUAGCGGCUCUUGAUACUUAAACAAAUUCUCCUUGCCAACACCAUAGGAAAUGUAAAGAGAACAGUAUGGAGAAUAUGCAAACAGAUGUUAGGGUGUGAAGGGUUAACUUAGACUAUGUGAGUGAAGGAGGAACACGAUCGAAUUAUUGAGUUUUGUGACUAUUGGUAGUAUCUGGCUAGCGUCUCAAAGUAAAUUAAUUAGAAUGACUUAAAAAUUUUUUAUUUCGUUUCAUCGAUUUUAUUGAUUUCAUACCCGUAUUGUUAUUUUCAGAUCAACUUUCAAAUCGCUUACAGAGGACAAAGUAUUGAUAGCACACAUCCUUUCUAAGUAAGUUAGUUUUUUCGUUCACUACCUGCGCAAAGCGAAUGCGAGAAGAACGAAAUACGGCACAUCUUGUUGAAUCUUCCAAUAACUCUCCAAAACUGAGGGAGAGAGGGUGGGGGCAACCCAGGACCUCCUGUAGCUAUGUCCCCAGAUGUGCGUAGGCGUGUGAUUCGUCGAUCAAUCAAGUAAUAUUUCUUCAUCUUUUAUUUACUUCUUUGUAAAGUACUUAGAGGGAAUUGGUGCCAAAUCAAGAUAGAACACUUAAGCUGACAGUUUGCCUGUUUUUGUCAUCUAGUAGCGGGAUAGUGUAUUACUGUGACAAGAACAAGUUACUCGUCAGUUUCACUUGGGAGUGAAGGGGUUGACUCACUUUUUUUUUCUCUCAGGGCGUGGAAUCAGACUAUUUAUGUUGACUUGUUCGACACGGAGGGUGAAGAAAUUCACAUAAACAAAGUGCUGAUCGAAAGGGGGUUAGCAAAAGAAACAGACCACACAGUCAGCAAUCCCUGGAAUAUUGAAGCAAGUUUUAAAUUCAAUCCCCAUAUGACCUUUGGUCUUCCAGGAUGAUGUUUCGUUGCGUUUUAUUCAACAGUCACGCUAGGAUGCGUGAACAAGGAAAAAACCGUGACCAAGGGAAAAAAAAUGUCACGCGGCUAGCUAGCUGAGCGUCGUGGUGUAGAUGUUCACAGUCACGCUUGGCCUGACGGAUUAGGGAGAAAGCAUCGUGUCACGCAACUCAUUUCUUGUUGACUGCACGGUAUAUUGUGGGGCAGAGGUGUUAGUAAGAAAUGCUACACUGGUAGGCACGAAUACUCAGAACAGAAUGUCUGCAAUUCCUUCCGAUGAAUGUGUGUAUACCUCAAAGAUAGAAAUGGUUUCCAUUUUUCUACAAAAAAUGAGGUGUUUUAAUGAUUUUGAUUGAAAUGUGUUAACUUUAACCACUAUCAGAAAGUGGGACUGCAAGGACGUAGUAAAAAUCGUGAAAGAAUAAAAACAUCAAAUUUGCUUAAGGUUAAUGUGGAAGAUAUUUUAAAAUCAAAACAGCGUAUGAAUGGUUUGCAAUCAACUGGUUUUGGGACAUAUAUCUUGACAACAUUACUGGAGUGAAAACCUUUUUCAAGGAGAGCAUUUCAGUUCUAGAAAAGAUUAAAAAC